AUGUUCAAUGAAGAAUUACUCAAUCGAUAUGCUUCAAUGCAAGAAGCAACAACAUGUCAAGCUCGCGGAGGAAAGACAACAACCAAACUAUCAUACGAGACCCUUACGCGGAAAGCUGAUGAAGUUUUUGGUGUUAUGAAUUGGAGCCAAGAACACUCGCUCAUGGAACAGCAUUAUUUAGACCGGAGAAACAAUGCAUAUGAUUGUAUGUAUACGACAAAGGUCAAGAUUACAGCAAACAAGAAAUCACGAUCGUUCCAAGGAUGUGGUUUGGUGAAAGGCGCUCCGGACAUAGAGACUGCUAUCCAAGUGGCGCAGAACCGUUCCAUUGAGCACGGUGCAGAGAAAUGUUUUCGUAUGCUUGGUAAUUAUUUCAACCUCCCACCAGAACCAGAAGGAUCAGAUACCACUGAGACCCGUGCACCAGAAAAUCGACCAUUAUCAUCAACAAAUUUGGUUACAACAACCGAUUCGAUCGAUCAUCAAUCAACAUCCAAAGAAGAUCAGCGACGCGUGCCAGCAGCAACAGCUCCAACCACAUCUGUUAAGAUAUCCAAACCAUCAUCGUCGGCACAACAUCCAUCUGCACAAAACCAAAGCUCUUUAUCUUCUUCAUCUUUGCGUCGACGACGAUCAAAUUUAUCAUAUACCACAGAAGACAAGGAGAACCAUCCACCAGAAAAGAGAAUGAAAGAGACAACUUUCGACAUGUCGGAUAAUCAAUCUGACGAAUACGAUCAAGAUGAAGGAUUAGAUGCCGAUCUAGUGGAAGCAUGCAUGUCCAUAGAAGGAUCAGCCGCAACCUAG